AUGGCAUCAGAAAAAAUGGAUCCACAGAAAAGAAGGGAGCUGGACGAGAAGGCAAGGAAGGGAGAGGUGGUCAUCCCUGGUGGAACUGGUGGCAAGAGCCUUGAGGCUCAGGAGCACCUUGCUGAAGGAAGGAGCCGUGGAGGGCAGACAAGGAAGAAUGAGAUAGGGGAUGAGGGGUACCAUGAGAUGGGGAAGAAGGGUGGACUGAGCACAACUGACAAGUCCGGAGGAGAGCGUGCUGCGGAGAAAGGAAUCCCACUUGACGAGUCCAAGUACAAAACUAACGGUCGUUCUAAUGAGUGA